AUGAUAUUUGCAAUUGAAGAAAUCAACAAAGAUCCUGCUCUCCUGCCAAACAUAUCUCUCGGCUAUAGGAUUCUUAACUCUUGUGCAUCUCCUACAAAUACUUUACGUGCUGCACUCACACUGGCUAGUGGACCAGAAGAGAUAGGGCUGACUUCCCCUUGUCCUCCAGCUAUAUCUGCUCUCAUAGCAGAGUCAGGAUCAUCUCAAUCUUUAGCUGUGGCUGGGACCCUUGGGCCAUUUCAAGUGCCAAUAGUAAGUUAUUUCUCAACAUGUGCCUGUCUGAGUGACAGAACUAAAUAUCCUACAUUUUUUCGAACAAUCCCCAGCGACUACUUCCAGGCAAAAGCUUUGGCAGCCCUGGUCAAACGUUUUGGCUGGCAGUGGAUUGGGGCCUUACAGUCAGACAAUGAUUACGGGCGAAAUGGGAUCCUGGCUUUUAGUGAGGAGGUUAAAAAGCUUGGGGUUUGUAUUGCAUUUGUCGGGACAAUUCUACGUACGUACACUAUGGAUAAAAUUCUGGAUGUUGUGGAAAUGAUCAAGCAGUCAACUGUCAAAGUCAUUCUUGCUUUUGUUCCAGAGGGUGACUUUUACCCUUUGAUGAAAGAGGUUGUGAAACAGAACAUUACAGGAAUUCAGUGGAUUGCAAGCGAGGCCUGGAUAACAGCAAGUCGACCCUCAACACCUGAAAUUUACCAAGCUUUUGGUGGAGCCUUAGGAUUUGUCGUGCAAAAGAUGGCUAUUCCCAAUCUAAAACCAUUUCUUACAGGCAUUAACCCUUAUACAGAUCCGAGUGCAGCCUUUGUGAGGGAUUUCUGGGAAAUUAUGGUCGGCUGUCGACCUGUGUUAACUGGGGAACACACAGACACUGAGUCAACAAAUACAAUAUGCAAAGGUGAUGAGACAUUAAUGCAUUCCCAGGAUGUGUUCUUCAAUGUCACACAGCUCAGGGUGUCUUAUAAUGUGUACAAAGCAGUUUAUGCCAUUGCACAUGCCCUACAUCAGCUGGUAUUCUGCCAACCAGUUGGAGAAAAAACAGUGAAACCAUGUUUGAAUAUAUCAGAAAUUCAACCAAAAGAGGUCACUGAUCACUUACAAAGGGUGAAUUUUAGCAAUCAGUUUGGGGAUAAUGUGUUUUUUGAUGACAAUGGUGACCCUCCUGCUUCUUAUGAUAUUAUUAACUGGCAGCUAAUAGAUGGCCAGGUGCAACAUGUAUCACUGGGUCAUUUUGCCUCUGCUGCUAAUGGUGAUUAUAAACUCAGCAUCAAGGAGGAAGAAAUCAUGUGGAGAACAGGGAAAACGGUAAUUGUUCCGACAGCGGUUUGCUCUAAUGUUUGUCCAAUAGGAACCAGGAAAGCUCAAAUAAAGGGAAAACCCACCUGCUGUUUUGACUGUAUCCCAUGUGCUGAUGGAACUAUAGCCAAUUCAACAGGUGCAGCUGACUGCACCCCCUGUCCACAGGAAUACUGGUCCAAUAACAAGAAAGAUGAGUGCAUACCUAAAACAAUUGAGUUCCUGACAUAUCACGAGCCGAUGGGAAUAGCUAUCACAGUUGUGUCCCUGCUAGGGGCCUCCCUCUCACUUGCCACAAUGAUGGUCUUUAUCCGCUACAUAGAGACUCCUGUGGUAAAGGCCAGCAACUCCGAGCUGAGCUGCUUCCUGCUAUUUUCUCUUUUUUUGUGUUUUCUGUGUCCCCUCACUUUCAUGGGCAAACCCACAGUCUGGACAUGCAUGCUGCGCCACACAGCGUUUGGUGUGACAUUUGCAUUUUGUAUUUCCUGUGUCUUGGGCAAAACUAUUGUUGUUGUUACAGCAUUCAAAGCCACAGUUCCUGGCAACAAAUUUGCAGGAAAGUUUGGUCCUGUACAGCAAAGGAUCAUAGUUUGCUCCUGCACUUUGAUUCAGAUAGUGAUAUGUGUGUUGUGGCUGAAGUUAAGCCCACCAUUCCCAGACAUGGUUUUCAGAUACAGUAAUAAGAAGAUUGUUUUAGAAUGUAACACAGGCUCUGAGGCUGCGUUCUAUGUGGUGCUGGGGUACAUAGGGAUCCUCGCAAUAAUAUGUUUAGUUCUGGCAUUUCUAGCAAGAAAGUUGCCUGAUAACUUUAAUGAAGCCAAAUGUAUCACAUUCAGCAUGCUGAUAUUCUGUGCAGUCUGGAUCACCUUUUUCCCAGCGUACGUCAGCUCUCCUGGGAAGUUCACCGUAGCUGUGGAAAUAUUUGCAAUUUUAUCUUCAGCAUUAGGCUUAUUAAUCAGCAUUUUUGCUCCAAAAUGUUACAUAAUAUUAAUCAAGCCAGAGAAAAAUACCAAAAAACAUGUCAUGCCAAAAACUCUGAAACCGAAAAGCUGUCCGUUCACCAACAGCAAUGCUGCUCUCAGAGAAACAGCCAUGGCAAUAUCAGCUGCAAAGCUUAUUUUGUUCCUGUCUCUCUUUUUUAAUGGCAAACCUGGCUCAUCUGCUGCUCUGGAUAAUUGUGUUUUCUUGGGGGAAGAGGAGAAAAACAGUCUUUAUGAAGAUGGAGAUGUAGUUAUAGGGGGCUUAUUCCCUCUACACUACAGCCCUGUGUCUUCUCUCCCAACAUACAAAACAAAACCAGCGCCUUAUAUGUAUAAUUUCAACUCUCGUGCCUUGCGCUGGAUGCAGACUAUGACUUUUGCAAUCACAGAAAUCAACCAGCGCAGUGAUCUGCUGCCACAUCUGAAGCUGGGUUUCCACAUCCGUGACAACUGUGAUGACAUACCUGUUUCUCUGAGAGCAGCUUUGCUGUUGGUGAACGGACAGCCUGACAUAAACACCAAUGCUGAAAACAGUCGCGAAAGAAACAAUAGUUAUAAGUUGAGUUGUGCUGCCAUAAAAAGGACUGUGUCCCCUGUAAUCAUAGGAGCUGCUGCCUCAGGUGUGUCUAUGGCUCUGCUAAGAAGUCUGGGUUCUUUCAACAUCCCCCUGGUGAGCUAUUUUGCAUCCUGCAGCUGUCUGAGUAACCAAAAGGAGUUCCCCACAUUUAUGCGCACCAUGCCCAGUGACGCCUUUCAGAUCAGAGCACUGGCUCAGCUGGUUAGUUAUUUUGGCUGGACUUGGGUUGGAGUCAUUGGCGUUGAAUCUGAUUAUGCUCGCUUUGCCAUCCAGCUCUUCCUGCAGGAGUCCGUGCAGUACGGUGUGUGUGCUGCCUACACUCACCUCUACCCUGUAGUCCUGAGUCAGCAGGCUCUAGAUGAGCUGCUUGAUGUUAUUCAGAUGUCAUCCUCAAAAGUCAUCAUUAACUUUUGUAGUGAAUCCGAGAUGAAGAGCAUCCUGAGAGAGGUCAGACGUCGGAAUAUCACCGGCCUGCAGUGGAUCGCCAGUGAGGCUUGGGCCAGUGCUAUAUCACUCUGGGAAAAGUUUGGAGAUCUGCUGGCUGGAACACUAGGAUUUGCCAUCCAGAGAGCUGAUGUGAUUCCAGGGCUGAAAGAACACCUGGCUGGUCUCAGACCAUACAACAUUCACAAAACAGCUUUCUUGGCAGAAUUUUGGGAAGAGUUGUUUAACUGCCGACUGAACGGGUCAGUGAACAGCCACUCUCACAGGGGCGACAACUACCUGGACAGAUUGCCAUGUAAAGGGACGGAGGACUUAAAUGAUGUCUACUCUCCUUAUUUUGAUGUGACACAGUUACGAGUGUCCUAUAACGUUUACAAAGCUGUGUAUGUGGUGGCCCACGCCUUGCAAGAUAUGAGUAACUGUGUAGUUGGACAGGGGCCUUUCCUGAACGGCAGCUGUGCAGACCCAAAGAAUGUUAAACCUUGGCAGCUAGUCCACUACAUGAAGGGUGCUAAUUUUUCUGCACUUGGAGAGAGAGUCAGCUUUGAUCAAAACGGUGACCCCAUUGCUUAUUAUGACCUCAUGAACUGGCAAAGGAUGCCUGACGGCUCACUACAUUUGGUAAAAGUGGGUUUCUAUGACGCCUCUUCUCCUUCUGGACGCAGCCUGGUCAUAAAUGACUCAGUGAUUCAGUGGCCUGUUGGGAAGGAGGCUUCCCGGUCUGUAUGCAGCGACAGUUGUCCUCCAGGUUCCCGUGUCACCAGGAGAAAGGGAGAACCUAUCUGCUGUUUUGACUGUGUCCCCUGUGCUGAGGGAGAAGUUAGUAAUACAACUGAUUCUUUAGAUUGCUCACGCUGCUCAGAGGACACAUGGCCCAAUAAAGACAGAGAUCUCUGCAUCCCAAAGACUAUAGAGUUCCUGUCUUACCAUGAGACAAUGGGUAUUGUUUUGUGUGUUGUAUCUGUCCUCGGAGCGUGUAUUUCCCUCUCCAUCCUAGUAAUAUUCUUCACACACAAAGACACACCACUGGUUCGGGCCAACAACAUGGAACUGAGCUUCCUUCUUUUGGUGUUUCUGGCGGUCUGUUUCCUUGUUGGCCUGUUGUUCAUUGGUGAGCCUUCAGACUGGCUUUGCCGUAUCAGGUAUCCAGCAUUUGGGAUCAGUUUUGCCCUCUGCAUUUCAUGCCUCCUGGCCAAGACAGCUGUGGUCCUAAUGGCUUUCAGGUCCACUCUGCCAGGAAGUCGUGUCAUGAAGUGGUUUGGACCCAACCAGCAGAGAGCCAGUGUACUUUUUGGAACAGCUGUUCAGGUGAUAAUCUGUGUUGUGUGGUUGCUCACCAGUCCACCUCAUGCCAACAACAACACAGAUUACAGUUCCGCCAUCAUCAUUGAAUGUGUUACUGGUUCAGAAGCUGGUUUCUGGUGUGUUCUUGGAUACAUCGGCAUCUUGGCCUGCAUGUGCUUCUUAAUGGCAUUUUUGGCUCGGAAGUUGCCUGAUAAUUUUAAUGAGGCAAAGUUCAUCACCUUCAGCAUGCUGAUAUUCUUUGCAGUAUGGGUCACUUUUAUUCCAGUGUAUGUGAGCACAGCAGGGAAAUACACAGUGGCUGUCCAUAUUUUUGCUAUUUUAGCCUCAGCAUUUGGUCUCCUUUUCUGUAUUUUUGUUCCAAAGUGCUACAUCAUAAUUGUGAAACCAGAAAAAAACAGCAAGAAAAACAUGAUAUCAGCCACCAUGGCAAUACAAGCUGCAAAGCUUAUUUUGUUCCUCUCUCUCUUUGGGGCCAAACCUGGCUCAUCUGCUGCUCUGGAUAAUUGUGUUUUCUUGGGGGAAGAGGAGAAAAACAAUCUAUAUGAAGAUGGAGAUGUAGUUAUAGGGGGGUUAUUCCCUCUACACUACAGCCCUGUGUCUUCUCUCCUAACAUACAAAACAAAACCAGCGCCUUAUAUGUUUACUUUCAACUCUCAUGCCUUGCGCUGGAUGCAGACUAUGACUUUUGCAAUUAAAGAGAUCAACCAGCGCAGUGAUCUGCUGCCACAUCUCAAGCUGGGUUUCCACAUCCGUGAUAGCAGUUAUGACAUACCUGUUUCCCUGAGAGCAGCAUUGCUGUUGGUGAACGGACAGCCCAAGAUAGGCACCAGUGUUGAGAACAAUCAGGAGAAAAACAAUAGUUAUAAUUUAGGCUGUGCUGCCAUACAAAACACUGUGUCCCCUGUAAUCAUAGGAGCUGCUGCUUCAGGGGUGUCUAUGGCUUUGCUAAGGAGCCUGGGUUCUUUCCACAUCCCCCUGGUGAGUUAUUUUGCAUCCUGCAGCUGUCUGAGUAACCAAAAGGAGUUCCCCACAUUCAUGCGCACCAUGCCCAGUGACGCCUUUCAGAUCAGAGCUCUGGCUCAGCUGGUUAGUUAUUUUGGCUGGACUUGGGUAGGAGUCAUUGGUUUGGAAUCCGAUUAUGGUCGCUUUGCCGUCCAGCUCUUCCUGCAGGAGUCAGUGCAGUACGGUGUUUGUGCUGCAUUCACUCACCUCUACCCUGUAGCCCUGAGUAAACAGGCUGUAAAUGAGCUUCUUGAUGUUAUCCAGAUGGCAUCCUCAAAGGUCAUCAUUAACUUUUGUAGUGAAUCUGUGAUGAAGAGCAUCCUGAGAGAGGUCAGACGUCGGAAUAUAACCGGCCUGCAGUGGAUCGCCAGUGAGGCUUGGGCCAGUGCCAAAUCACUCUGGGAAAAGUUUGGAGAUCUGCUGGCUGGAACACUAGGAUUUGCCAUCCAGAGAGCUGAUGUGAUUCCAGGGCUGAAAGAACACCUGGCUGGUCUCAGACCAUACAACAUUCACAAAAUAGCUUUCUUCGCAGAAUUUUGGGAAGAGUUGUUCAACUGCCGACUGAACGGGUCAGUGAACAGCCACUCACACAGGGGCGACAACUACCAGGACAGAUUGCCAUGUAAAGGGACGGAGGACUUAAAUGAUGUCUACUCUCCUUAUUUUGAUGUGACACAGUUACGAGUGUCCUAUAAUGUUUACAAGGCUGUGUAUGUGGUGGCCCACGCCUUGCAAGAUAUGAGUAACUGUGUAGUCGGACAGGGGCCUUUCCUGAACGGCAGCUGUGCAGACCCAAAGAAUGUUAAACCUUGGCAGCUAGUCCACUACAUGAAGGGUGUUAAUUUUUCUGCACUUGGAGAGAGAAUCAGCUUUGAUAAAAACGGUGACCCCAUUGCUUAUUAUGAUCUUAUGAACUGGCAAAGGAUGCCUGACGGCUCACUACAUUUGGUAAAAGUGGGUUCCUAUGACGCCUCUUCUCCUUCUGGACGCAGCCUGGUCAUAAAUGACUCAGUGAUUCAGUGGCCUGUUGGGAAACAGGCUUCCCGGUCCGUAUGCAGCGACAGUUGUCCUCCAGGUUCCCGUGUCACCAGGAGAAAGGGAGAACCUAUCUGCUGUUUUGACUGUGUCCCCUGUGCUGAGGGAGAAGUUAGUAAUACAACUGAUUCUUUAGACUGCUCACGCUGCUCAGAGGACACAUGGCCCAAUAAAGCCAGAGAUCUCUGCAUCCCAAAGACUAUAGAGUUCCUGUCUUACCAUGAGAUAAUGGGUAUUGUUUUGUGUGUUGUAUCUGUCCUCGGAGCGUGUAUUUCCCUCUCCAUCCUCGUUGUAUUCUUCACACACAAAGACACGCCACUGGUUCGGGCCAACAACAUGGAACUGAGCUUCCUUCUUUUAGUGUUUCUGGCGGUCUGUUUCCUUGUUGGCCUGUUGUUCAUUGGUGAGCCUUCAGACUGGCUUUGCCGUAUCAGGUAUCCGGCAUUUGGGAUCAGUUUUGCCCUCUGCAUUUCAUGCCUCCUGGCCAAGACAGCUGUGGUCCUAAUGGCUUUCAGGUCCACUCUGCCAGGAAGUCGUGUCAUGAAGUGGUUUGGAUCCAACCAGCAGAGAGCCAGUGUACUUUUUGGAACAGUUGUUCAGGUGAUAAUCUGUGUUGUGUGGUUGCUCACCAGUCCACCUCAUGCCAACAACAACACAGAUUACAGUUCCACCAUCAUCAUUGAAUGUGUUACUGGUUCAGAAGCUGGUUUCUGGUGUGUUCUUGGAUACAUUGGCAUCUUGGCCUGCAUGUGCUUUUUAAUGGCAUUUUUGGCUCGGAAGCUGCCUGAUAAUUUUAAUGAGGCAAAGUUCAUCACCUUCAGCAUGCUGAUAUUCUUUGCAGUAUGGGUCACUUUUAUUCCGGUAUAUGUGAGCACAGCAGGGAAAUACACAGUGGCUGUCCAUAUUUUUGCUAUUUUAGCCUCAGCUUUUGGUCUCCUUUUUUGUAUUUUUGUUCCAAAGUGCUACAUCAUAAUUGUGAAACCGGAAAAAAACUGCAAGAAAAACAUGAUGCAAAGAUAA